AUGAAUAACGUAAGAAGCGAGAAUUGCCCUCAAUGUAGUACUAAUGCGAAUACUCAAGAUGUACCAACCAACAAAGAAACUGAUACUGCGUCAGUGAUUUCCAGAGAAAUAAUUUCGCAAAGAUUAGAUAUUACUAAUCCAGACGUGACAUGCAACAAUAAUGAUUUAAAAUUGAAUUCCACAAAAUCUUCUUUACCUUUAUUAAUUUUUAGAAGACCAACCCAACACCCGCUACAAAUAUCCUCGAGCUUACCAUCUCCCGCUUUUGUAAAUAUUCCGGAAACAACCCAGCCUUUGACGUUAUUCCUACAAGCUUUAGCAAAAUUAAGCGAAAGCGCUACAAGUUUGGCACUACAAAAUCUUUUACCAGAAUAUAACUUAGCUAUUAAAAAUGACAAUAAAAGAAUGAACAUGAACGUUAUAGAAUUAUCUCCACCAGAUUCGUUAACUAGUGCGCCACCAUCUUACUCUUUUGUGUUACGGCAAAUGGCUGCUCGACGAAGACGUAGACUAAUGGGGACUUUUAUACCAUCUCCAUCAUUUGUUCAACAUACACCACCUCCGAACUAUGCAGCUGCAUUUGAUAUUUACGUAGAUGGCCCUGUACCAGCGUUACCAGCUAGAAAUUAUAAUUUUGGUUUUACACCCAUACCCAUUGUGUGCCCAGAGUGUGGUUACGCAGGUAUUUCAAUGGUAGCUAGUAAAAUUACUUUGUGUACGCACUUAAGUGCAAUAGUACUUUGUCUGUUAUGUUGUUGGAUAUGUGCUCCUCUGCCAUAUGUACUAAGAUCAUGUAAAGAUGUAUAUCAUUAUUGCAGAAAUUGUAGAAGUUAUCUUGGAAUGUAUUGCCCAACAAACCCUGAAUCUUCAUGUACCUGA